AUGUGGCAAGCUAUGGCUCUUUGGCUGUUGAUACUCGUGACUCUGUUCCGGGUGUCAGUGCAGGGUCCUCACCAGCGGUUUCUACUCAGGGAGCUGCUGAGGGACUACAACCCAAUGGAGAGACCGGUGGCCAACGACUCCCAGGCUCUCACCGUUCAGUUCUCCUUUACUCUAAUGCAGGUCAUGGAUGUGGAUGAAAAGAACCAGAUCAUCACCACAAAUGCCUGGCUGCAGAUGCAGUGGUACGACCACUACCUCCAGUGGAACCAGUCAGAAUAUCCUGGAGUUAAGAACCUCCGUUUCACUCCUGACCAGGUCUGGACACCUGACAUAUUGCUUUACAACAGCGCUCAUGAUAAGUUUGAUGCCACCUUUAAGACCAAUGUGCUGGUUAACUCCAGUGGCUUCUGUGAGUAUCUGCCUCCAGGAAUUUUUAUAAGCACAUGUAACGUGGAUGUGCGAUGGUUUCCAUUUGACAUCCAACGGUGUGAACUGAAGUUUGGUUCAUGGACAUUUGAUGGCUGGCUGCUUGACCUCCAGAUGAAGGAGGCAGAUGUGUCAGGAUACAUGCGCAACGGAGAAUGGGACCUGCUGGAGGUCCCUGGAGGUCGUCAUGAAAUUUUCUAUGACUGUUGUGCAGAGCCCUACCCAGAUGUUACCUUUGUGGUGACUUUACGAAGGAGGACUUUGUUUUACGCUCUCAACCUCCUCCUCCCCUGUGUGCUCCUUUCCUCCAUGACCCUACUGGUCUUCCUGCUUCCCGCCAACUCAGGGGAGAAAAUCAGCCUGGGCAUCACGGUUCUGCUUUCUCUGACUGUCUUCAUGUUGAUGGUUGCAGAGAUUAUGCCUGCCACUUCAGAUUCUGUACCCCUGAUAGGUCAGUAUUUUGCCAGCACCAUGGUGAUUGUUGGGAUGUCAGUUGUAGCCACAGUCAUCGUCCUUCAGUUCCAUCACCACAGCCCUAACAGUGGACACAUGCCACAUUGGGUGCACUUGGUUCUGCUGCAGUGGGUUCCUUGGUUCCUGCGGAUGAAGCGUCCAGGAGAGGGAGCGGAGCCGACUCUUUCGAACAGCCAGGCAGAUUCUCAGAGCAAGACCCUGUCCUCUCCUACCACCACCACUACCACCACCACCAUCCCCACGCCAGUGCCCCCCAUCCUCCCACAGAGUCUCAAUUCCCUGCAGGCCAGCCUGGCUCAGCUCAAUCACCCUUUGUCACACUCCCACCGGCCUAACCCUCAGGCUGUUAUCCUCCCUAAUCCCAACCACAGAGAUCCCGGCCUCAAUCCACACCCACAGCCCAAUGGUCAUCUUCUUUACAUGGGCUUCCAGACCUUCCAGACCACUGCAGAGCUGGACCCAGUUCAGAGGAGCAGAACCACAAGUUAUGGGAGGGUUAACACUGGACUAGGUGGAGGAGAAGGAGAGGGAGCAGCAGCAGCAGGAGCAGGAGGAGGACCAACGGGAGAUACACCUAUCCAUCACCACCACCCAUCUUCCAAGUUUGGGACCCCCCCACAGGAAACUCCAGUGUCCCAAGACCCUGACCCAUCAAUCACAUCCUCUGGACCCUGUGGCCUAGAGGCUGCAGCUGGAGCGGUUAGAUCAGCUGCCAUACAUACCCACAGCGGUGUGAUUCGAUCUGUGGCAGCAGACAGCCAGUUGCAGGCUCUUCUGGUGGAGGUGCAGUUUUUAGUUGAGCGCGUUAGGGAGCAAGACAGGCAGCUGAGUUUGGCGGAGCAGUGGCAGUUUGCUGCAGCUGUCAUCGACCGCCUGUUCCUGGUGGGAUUCAGUGUUUUUAACAUCAUCUGUACCAUCGCUAUUCUCAUGGCUGCUCCCAACUUUGGAGAAGCACUGUCAAAAGACUUCCUCUGA